CUGACAGCCGCAUUUCGCUAAACCAGGCGCAGCUGAUCUGUACUAGAAGCUAUGCGUUGUCACAUAUGGUGCGCCUCGGGAGCCGUUUACGCGCGCUGACGAGAGCCCAGGUCCGGUCCUCGAGCAUGGCGCUCAAGAGCAUGCACGCGGAAAGCACCGAGGCGUGCGUGCUGAGAUUAGUAAACAAAUCAGCUCGAAGCAUCAAUGCGCUCUGGGUGGACUUCACUGGCGAGGAAAAGUGCUACCAGAGCCUGGAACCUGGACACGCGAGACCCCAACAGACCUACACCACUCACGUUUGGCGGUUACGGUUCGGGGAUGAUCAGGCGCUCAUCGGGGAGUACGCAGGCCAGUCAGCGGUACUGGAGGUGCAGCCGGAUGAGACGCUAAGCAUCGUGCCCUGGUCGGGCGCACUGCCGCAGCCCAAGCCGGAGUGGGGGGAGUACAUGAAACGCGGCGAUGCGCUGGGCAUUGAGAUAUGGUCCUACGCGUGUGUGGACGUGCGCGCCAUUCGCAUCGCGGAGCACAUUGUGGACCGCAUGCUGGCAGCCGCGCCAGUGGAUGUGGUGCGGCGGCUGGUGGCGGGCGGCGCGGUGGUGGCCAUCAUCGCGCGGUGUCAGGUUACCACCGACAUUCCCGCGCACGCCUUCAUGCGCUGGGCGGAAGGCGGCCGGGACACGGACACCACCACGCGCGGCCUGGGCGGCACGGAGGAGAGCCCCACCACUAGCUGCGGGGAGGAGAACCUGCUCAUGGAGGACGACAAGUUCUACCCCAGCGAGAACAUUCUGGUGCAUGAGUUCGGGCACACGGUGAUGAACAUCGGGCUUACGUCAGAAGACCGCGGAAAGAUCAAGAAGCUGUAUGACGCAGCUUACGCCGCCGGAGUUUACGACAAGAGUGCGUAUAUCAUGGAGAAUGAGGACGAGUACUGGGCGGAGGGAACGCAGGCUUGGUUCAACGCCACGAUACGUACGGAUGUGACGGCUGGCGUGAACACACGCGAGAAGCUGCGAGCCCGCGACCCAGGGUUAGCAACCAUGAUGGUGCGAGCGUACGGCGAUGGCACGUGGCGGUACCCGCAAGACAGCCCCGGGCCGCUGCGCAUGAAGCGGCGGCUGCCGGACUCGUCCGAGGAGCGCGGCAGCCCCACCAGUUCGGGCGGCAGCAGCGGGGAGCAGCCGGUGGCGCCCAUGGCCGCGCCAGACGUGGAGGGAAGCAUGGAGCGGGUGCGGCUGGCGGCGUCAGCGGGUGGGGCAGGGCCGGGGUCGUGCAUGUCGACCUGCUUGCCAGGUGGCGGGGGCACGCCAGGGUCCGGAAGCACGGGGUGCGGGGCGUUGGUGUGGGUUGGCCUGCGGGACGUGGUGCUUGGGCACGCUGCUCACGCGACGGUCAAGAUGUCGUAGAGCAACGGACCGGGGUGUUUCGGGGGGGCUUCGCCCCCCCCCCCCCCUGGAACGCUCGUAGGAAAGACAAAAAUGGUGGCAGGCAAGGCGCAUCGUGUGGAUCGUGUGGAGACUGGUAGGCUGGGCUUCAUGGUACCACGAGAGCUAAAUCUUGGCAGAGGCUGCAUGCAUGACCUGCAAACUGUGCAUCGAAUGCUGACACGAAUUGGUAGGAGAAGGUCAGGCUCACGCGGAUGACGGACGAGAGUUGCAGGGGCAAAGGAGCAUGGCUAUGUCCAUGCCAGCACAAUUGAGCCUUCCCUGGCUUGCUUAGCCUAGCAUGAUUAGGCAACGUGGCAAUCCCCAUUCUCGACUCUCAUUCCGCUUGGGCACAUCCAAGGAACCCUCCGCCGUCAGCCCGCGCUGCCGCGCGGACCCGGCGGCGGCCGGCACGCCACGCAAGGACGGGUUAGGCAAGCACGUGGCUGUGGUGUGGUACGGUCACAAAUGUAUGGCAAAUUAUGGAAGAGACUAUGGUAGCGAUAGCUGCCCGGCGUACGCUUAUGGAUGCGAUAGUUGCCCGAGAUGAUGGAUGCGGUUGGACAUGUACAGGGGCAGGUUGGUGUAGUCCGAGGGGCAGGUGAGAUACCUGCCCGGUGCGGCGCUGCUGAGGGCGGCGCUGUGUCAGAAGGUGCAUGGUGCCAAAGGCUGCGCAGCAUGUGUGCGUCGCAUCAAGCUGGUGUGGGGAUCUUCGGCUAUUAUGUACUACAUAGCCACACGCUUACGCGUCAGUUCGGUCCAAAGGGAUACAGGUGAGGGCCUGAGUGGGUUGAGUGGUGCUGCAGCAGAUGCCAAAGGUGUAAAUGUGGUGGGGCUGGCAGCCUUUCAGAUGAAGGACGUGCCAUAGCUCGAGAAAUUAUGAUGUUGAUGUUGCAUCAGGGUAGCGUGCCGACGACACAGACUGCGGGAAAGACCGUCCCUCUGCGAUC